AUGAGUUUUCACAGCGAUGAAGCACAAGUUACAACCACCCCAUGCCCUAACCCCUCUCUCUUGCACAGUUCCCUCAGGGUACUCUUCAGUUUCAUCUGGAAAUCCACUGUUGCCUGCUACUGUUACUUCCUAGGCCUCCGUAACUGGUCAGUAAUCUGGAUAGCUGUUCCACUUCUAGGAAGCGUGGUUCUUGAUGUUUUCUCCUCAAACACCUCCAGAAAACGAAACCUAAACAAACUAAGAUCAACAAUAGACGAGAGGGAGUUGAUUCACUCCCAUUUCAAGGAACUUCCAGCCUGGGUCUUCUUCCCCGACAUCGAGAGAGUGGAAUGGUUCAACAAGAUACUGAGACAGCUGUGGCCGACCAUGAACAAUUUCACCAGGUCCUUCAUCCAGGAGACGCUGGAGCCGGAGCUGAGGACUACCAUGGACUCAUACAUGCUCAAAGGUUUUUACUUCCAAAGGAUAGAACUUGGUUCCAUAUCUCCCAAAAUAACAGGGGUGAAAGUUUACGACAGGACCGGACGCAACGAAAUCAUCUUAGACUUGUACAUCUUCUACGGUGGAGACUGCGAAUUUUUAUUCGGAGUCAGCGGAAUGAACGGAGGAAUCAAGGAUUUCCAAAUUGAGGGUACAAUGAGGGUUAUAAUGAAACCACUGAUUCCUACAGUACCAAUAAUCGGGGGUAUCAAAUACUUCUUCAUAGAUAACCCAGAUAUAGAUUUCUGCUUGACUGGAGUCACUGGAAUCCUUGAGAUACCUGGCGUAAGGACACAAUUUAGGAACGUGAUAGAAUCUGUGGUAAAUUCCAUGCUGGUUUUGCCAAACAUGUGCGUGGUCAAUUUGUCGGACGCAGCUGAAGUCAUCUCUUACUUGAGGACCCCACAACCAAAGGGGGUUCUUAGGGUGAACGUUAUGGAAGGUAAAAACUUGAUACCACAGGACAUAAAUGGUCUGUCGGAUCCCUACGUCAUCAUCAGGGUAGGAGCUCAAGAAGUGAGGUCCCAAACGAUAAACUACUCAUUGAAUCCAGUAUGGAAUUUUCAAUGUGAAUUCAUCAUAACCGAAUUGCAAGGGCAAAAGUUGGUUUUUCACGUAUGGGAUGAAGAUUACGGCAAAAGUGAUCCAAUGGGUCAUGCCUCCUUCGAUGUUUCCUCAGCCAAAGCCGCCAGAUACAUAGACACGUGGCUGACUCUAGAAGAGGUUGCCCAUGGUUCCAUCCACGUAGAGUUGACAUGGUUCAACCUCAGCACUUCGGUUCGUGAUCUCAGUGAUACCUUGGACGAAAACAACAUGCUGGGCGUACCCCUAAAUUCCGCAGUCCUAACCGUUUUCGUGGACUCAGCUAACGAUCUCCCGAUGAAAACCGGUCUGCCGACUCCAGUGGCGGAGUUGAAAGUGGGCAACGUCACCAAGACCACCCAGCAGUGUCUCAAGACUGCGGAUCCCAAGUGGGACGAGGGUUUUUGUUUCCUGGUGCCCAAUCCGCAGAACAACAGUUUGGAAUUGAAGGUGAUGGACGUGACGAUGAAGAGGCAGAUCGGACAGUUGGAGUUUAAGAUCAAGGUGCUGUUGGAAAGGAAGAACAUGAGGAUGGCCAGGCAGCCCUUCAAGCUGAUCAAGUCGGGGGAGAAGAGCGAGAUUACAAUGACCUUGAGUUUGAAGAUUAUGACAAUAAAUGAUGUGACUGUUUCUCAGAUAUUUUUCUUUUGGAUUUUGAUGGUCAAGAUGUUGACACUGUUGUCAAAAAAUAGUUCUUUGCUUUGGCUUGCAAUUGCAACACAACUUUCAGUGAAAGCAUUAAACGAUUAUAUGAAUGUAUCCAUUCGCCAUUUUGUAGCUCAUAAGAAUUUCAAGAUUAGGCUGAAAAAUUUCUUGAUGCCUAAAUCGAAUAUACUGAAUUUUCGUGUUGAAUUUGCAACGUUUUGGUACAUAAUGAGUCUAAAGAUCUCUGAGAAUAUAGUCGAAUACAAUUAA